AUGAUGUCUUUCGGUGGAUCGUUAGCUCUUUUGCUGCCUGGGAUCUCUUUCUGCUCCUAUCCCUGUGCAAGGAGCUUCUUGCACAAGGCCCUCCGCCGCAAGACGCAGAGCGACUUCUAUUGGUUCUGGGUGUGCGAGGGAGUUGAAAUCGACGGCCUUCUACAAGAGGGGUCGGCCCAAAGCACCUUGCAGGACUUCCAGGAGAAAGCAUCGAAUAACCCAGUGUGCACACAUCAGGGAUGUGACCCGGACGAUUGCAGGUUCAAGCACGGUGAGUGUGUGCCAAAUGCCGGCAACUGCCUCUACACAACCCCCUCGCCCAUGGGCGCGAAUGCAAGCGGCUGUGGGAGCUUCAGUUGCCACUGCGUCACAGUGCCACCGGGGCAAUGCACCGAAGAGGCCUUACCGGGCUACCACAUCGUCCAGAACGGCGCGGUGAACUUGAUGACGGGCCCCAGCCGCUGGAACGAAAGCGAAGUGGACCACCGGGUGUGGGAGGAGGUCGGAGGUCCCGGAAACCAUGCCUGCCGUGGGGACAACAGCUCGGACAACGACCCCAAGCACUACCAGGUGUUCAAUGACAUCUACUCGUUGCCGGGAUGCCAGAGCAAGUGUGAAACUACCGGGGGCUGCGUCGGGAUCGAGUACAGCUAUGGCCGCUGCGAGAUCUGGACACGUUUCCAGGGGCUGUAUGCCAUCAAGGAGAUUCUCGGCCGUCCGAAGGAUAAGAUAAGCGUCAAGGAGCUUGUUCACGUUCCGAGCACUGCCAGUAGUCUCUUGCUCUUCCUUGCCGUCCUCCUCGUCCUCCUCCUCUUUCUUGCCAUUAUCGUUGUGAUUGUUCUGAGUGCUCCUACUGCUGCUUCGAUAACGAUCGUACUUGUACAGCACGCGAAGAUCUCUUCGGAGAUUGGCGAGUUCACGUGCAUGCGCUAUGGAUGGCCUGUCAGCAAGCUGAAAUCCAUCGACCUACAGGGCAAUGCUUCCCAUCCCUGCCGCGGGCGAUCGGCGACUGACAACUCGGGAGAGAAUUACAACCAGGGAGCUGAGCAGCCUUGA